UCGACCUCAGAAAUCUUUUCCAAGCUAAAUUGAUGCUGUGAUUGCGUGGAAGGAUCUCUGUGACAGACUCGCUGUCCCGGUCAGCUCGGUGCCCUCGUUGAGGUCGGGCCGGCACAGCAGGUCCGGGCUCAGGGCACCGGGAGGAGACCCCACACCUCCCCCCGGGCCAGGACACCACUGGGGGACUCCUGGAGGCCACAUCGGAGGGGAGCGAGCCGGAGGAGCCCCUCGGGGGGCAAGGCGUGGCACAAGAGAUGCCGGAGCCCCGUGGGAUCCUGCUCGCUGCCGGUCUCGGAGAACCGGGGCGGGGGGAUGAAGGAGGAGGAGGAGGAGUCUCCGGCGGCGCCCGGGAGCCUCUCGGAGAAUGUCUCCGUCCCACACCUCCUCCUGCCCCUUUGCCGCGCAGCCCUGGGCCGGGAAGAGCCGCCGUUCGGAGCAUGGGGAGCUGCUGGCUGCGCCUCGCCGCGCUGCUCGCCCUGGGCGCCCGGCCCAGCCUGGAGUACCAGGGAUCGGGAUACUCACCCCUUGAAGAUGACGAGGAUGUGUAUGCACGCAAUAGAUAUAAAGAAACACCGUGGUGCUCGCCCAUUAAAGUGAAACACGGUUAUGCAAACUGCAGGACACCUCAAGGGGAAUAUUACAAGAAUGUAUUGGGCACAAGAUGUGAUAUUCGCUGUCAAAAAGGCUACGAACUGCAUGGCCCUCACCAGCUAAUCUGUCAGUCAAGCAAACGCUGGUCUGGGAAAGUGCUGUGCAAACAAAAGCGCUGCCCCACCCUGUCCAUGCCGACCAAUGGGGGUUUCAAGUGUUUGGAUGGUGCCUACUUUGGCUCGAGGUGUGAGUAUUACUGCUCUCCAGGAUACCAGCUGAAAGGAGACCGGAUAGUGACGUGCAUGGACAACAAAGCGUGGAGUGGCCGGCCAGCAUCCUGCGUUGAUACCGAACCUCCGAGAAUCCAGUGCCCAAGUGUGAAGGAGAAAACUGCGGAGCCCAACAAGUUGACAGCCAGAGUGUUCUGGGACACCCCAGAGGGACGAGACACUGCUGAUGGGAUUCUGACAGAUGUUAUUUUGAAAGGCCUGCCACCAGGGUCACAUUUUCCAGAAGGCGACCACAAAAUCCAGUAUACUGUGUAUGACAGAGCUGAAAACAAAGGCACUUGCAAAUUUCUUGUUAAAGUCAGAGUCAGGCGCUGUGUGAAAUUAAAUGCCCCAGAUAAUGGCUACAUCAAGUGUUCAGGUGAUGGAAAUAACUAUGGUGCUACAUGCGAGUUCUCCUGCAUUGGUGGCUACGAGCUGCAAGGAAGCCCAGCUAGAGUGUGCCAGUACAAUUUGGGGUGGUCAGGAGUGGAGCCAACCUGUGCACCCAUGAAUAUUAAUGUGAAUGUGAGGACUGCAGCUGCGCUUCUGGAUCAAUUUUAUGAGAAGCGGAGACUGCUAAUUAUUUCAACUCCUACUGCAGCCAACUUCUUCUACAGGAUGCAGCUGGGAAUGCUGCAGCCAGCACAGUGUGGGUUAGACCUCCGACACGUUACCGUGGUUGAACUGGUUGGUGUGUUCCCAGCUCAGAUAGGAAGAAUAGGUGUAAAGCUGCUGCCUCCAUCUCUUGCCCUGCAACUCAGGCUGCUGCUGAGGAUCCCCCAUUACAAUUUCAACAUCGUGGUGAUGGACAAGCACGGAAUGGACAAGGAACGUUAUCCUUUCCCAGCAACACCAGCCGAGCUCUUUGCCCUUAUUGACAAGUUUCCCUUGAGAAAAGAUGAGAUGAAACUGCAAGCAGAAAUUGGUCAAUCAUGUCCCUAAUUCAGGUUUUCAGGGCUUGCAGUUGUCAGUGAAUUUUUUUUAAUUCACAUAAUUCUCUCCUUGGUGCUACACAAAGCAUGGCUUUUUUAAUCACUGAUGUGAUUUUUUGUGUGUAUCAGUAAGUCUGUCCAGCCGUGUAGCUGCUCUGCAUAGAAGUAUGCACGAUGCUUUUUUGUACUUUCAGUCAUCUUUAAAUCAUAGAAUCACAGAAUGGCCUGGGUUGGAAGGGACCUUAAAUAUCAUCUAGUUCCAACCCCCCUGCCAUGGGCAGGGACACCUUCCACUAGACCAAGUUGCUCAGAACUCCAUCCAACCCAGCCUUGAACACCUUCAGGGGUGGGGCAUCCACAACUUCUCUGGACAGCAUGUUCCAGUGCCUGACCACCCUCACAGCAAAGAAUUUUUCCAUAAUGUCUAAUUUGAACCCGUUCUCUUUCCGUCUGAAGGCAUUCCCCCUUGUCCUGUCACUACAUACUCUUGUAAAAAGUCCUUCCCUCAGGUACUGGAAGGCCACAAUUAGGUCACCCUGAAGCCUUCUGUUUUCCAGGCUGAACAAUCCUAAUCCUCUCAGCCUUUCCUCAUAGGAGAGCUGCUCCAUCCCUCUAAUCAUCUUGGUAGUCCCCUCUGGACUUGCUCCAACAGGUUGAUGUCCUUCUUGUGCUGGGGACUCCAGAGCUGGAUGAAUAGGUUUGCUAUCUAGUGGAAUUUCUUGUACAGAGCGCGAAGAAGUGAGGCACAUUUCUGGGAGUUUAUUUGGGAUUUUUCAUUCCGUGUAAAAUUGGGGUUUCUUUCUUACUGUUUAUAAUUCUUUUUAUUAAUAAAAUAUUGUUUUGCAAACA